UUAAACAUCAUUCUGCUGGAGGAAUGACUCAAGAAGUUUUAAAUAUACUAAAAAAUCUAGAUAUUCCCAUUGAAAAAUGUUAUGGGCAAGGAUACGAUGGAGCCAGUGUAAUGAGUGGGGCUUAUAAUGGAGUAAAUGCUCAAAUAAAAAGAGUUCAACAAAAUGCCGAAUAUGUUAACUUCUCCUCAAAGGUCCUUCAAAAGAAAAAUAUCGAUUUAAGUGAAUCUGUGAGUGUUUUAGAACAAGUAGAAAAGAACCUUACUGAAUUAAGAUUUUCUUCUGAAAUAUUGAUGAUUGAAGCUACGGAACUGGCUAACAAAUGGAAUAUUCAACCGGAAUUCAGGCAAAAACGUCAACCUAAAGUUAAAAAACACUUUGACGAACUCUUAAGUGAUUACAGAUUUAAUAAUACUCAAAUUUUAUUUAAAAUAAAUGUUUUUAAUGUUGUUAUGGACCGUGUUCUGACACAGAUUUCUAAUAGAUUUAGGAGCAUGAAAAAAAUUAAUAAAUUGUUUGAUUUACUUCUUCCAAAAAUUAUAUUAAGUUGCGAUGAAACAUCCAUUUAA